AUGUUGCAAAGCGAUAAAGACUACAAAGAGCGGCUUAUAGCCACUGUAAAGAAGGAAGUCAAACAAGUAAUGGAGGAAUCGGUGACAAAAAAAUUUGUGCAUGAAGAAAGCGGAUGCGUGACUUCCUUAUGUGGAGCUGUAGAGGCUUGUCUGUCUCAAGGUUUACGGCGAAGAGCUCUUGGUCUAUUCAAAACGUCUUCCACAACAGCUUUGCUUCACAAAAUAGCGAAACACUGUCCAGAAGCAUCCAGUAUAUCCAAGAAAGUAGAAGAUCUCGAAAACACGGACCCAACUAGGAGGUCUUCAAGCAGCAGUGAUAGCGUAACCAAGCCUACGCUGAAAAAGAACGCUUCGCUACCUAGUAAUCCUCUGCCGAAAUAUUUAUGGAUCAGAUUGGCCCUGUUUGAAAAACAUCUAGCCAAAAUAAUAGACUUCUUAGUGUCAAACGCUCAUAAGUAUUACGACAAAGACGCGUUGGUAGCGGAUCCUGAAUAUGGAACUAUUCUAAGUUCGCUGCUGAUGGGACCUUGUGCUUUAGACUACUCUAGAAUGAAGAACCACGACCAUUUUUGGACGGAUCCACCUGCGGAUGAAUUGGUCCAAAGACACAGAAUCUCCAGUGGUCAUUCGACUCCUCCAUCUGUUCGUCGACCAAUUCUCAACUUUAGAAGGUCCUUGAAUACCAGUUCCGAUGACGUCAUAACUAAUAGGUCUUCCACUCAACAAAUAGCUAAAGAUUAUGUAGAAACUUUACACCAAAACUCAAAAGCCACUUUACUUUUUGGGAAAAAUAAUGUACUAGUUUUACCUGUCAAUUCUGAUCUGUCAAAACCUAUACCAGGGUAUCUAAGUUUGCACCAAAUGGCGUCUGGCCUAGCUAUAAAAUGGACUCCAAAUCAACUUAUGAAUGGUUUCGUCGACGAAGCGCAAGACAAAAGUAUAUAUUGGGAUUAUGCUUUGAACGUCAGACUUGACGAUAUUGUAUAUGUUCACUGUCACCAAGAUAGUGAGACCGGCGGUACUGUGAUCCUGGUUGGACAAGAUGGUGUCCAAAGACCACCAAUUCACUUUCCUAAAGGUGGACAUAUGUUGGCGUUUCUGAGUUGUAUAGAGACAGGACUGCUACCUCAUGGAAGGCUGGAUCCACCGUUGUGGUCCCAGAGAUCAGGAAAAAAUUACACAAAAAGAAGAAGACCACUGCCAGCCUUAACGGAAAAUGAAGAUACUAGCAAAGACUACGUGUUCAGGAUCGUCGAUAAUACAUGCAAUCAUAAAGACAUACGUAAGGCAUUCUAUGGUUGGUUGGCAUACUGCCGACACCUCUCUACAGUUAGAACUCAUUUAAGUGGAUUAGUUCAUACCAAAAUAAUCAACGGAGAUGGAGCAAGCGAAGGAAUAACAAUAGAGAAAUGGGCUGAACUAUGUCUAGACGGUGUAGUUUCCGAUUAUGCCGAGGUGUAUCGACUGACGUAUUUUGGUGGCAUUGCGCAAGAUCUUAGGCACGAAAUAUGGCCGUAUUUACUAGGACACUAUAAAUUUGGAAGUACUUCGGAGCAAAGGAAAGAACUUAGUGAAGAAACUAGACAAGCAUACGAAAACACAAUGUCAGAAUGGUUGGCAGUGGAAGCAAUAGUAAAGCAAAGAGACAAGGAAAACCAGGCACAUGCUAUAGCGAAACUGAGCAGCGAAAGUAUGUCAGGAGAACAAGUACCAGCUCAAACGCAAGAAGAACUUUGCAAUGAAGUUUUUGAAGAUGACGUAAUUACCGAUGACGAAGAUGAAUCUCUAGAAGAAGACAAAGAAGGUGGCAAGAAGAAACAUAAACAUACGAAACAGAAUACCAUCAAGUAUAUGAGUGACGAAGAAGAUUCUGGAGGAGGUAAGGAAGUUAAGGAGGAAAACAAGGAAGUAGACGCUAAAGAAGUUAAUCCUACCCCUGCAGAUAACACAAACGUACAAAAUGAUGAAGCCUUAAGUAGCGAAAAUAAAAUUAGUACAUAUGGCAGCAAUGUAGAUAAAGAAGAUAUCGUAAUAGUACAAGAUGAAGUUGAAGCAGAUACUGAAGAUUCUAAAGAAAGUGAACAACAAUCUAUUGUAAAUGUUAACGAAGAAUUAAAAGACUUUAUACAUAAUGUGAUUGUGAUAAAUGCGAGUGUUGAUAUAUGUAAUUUAGGUAACGAGAGCCCACGGAUGAGCAAUUUGGAUGCCGUAACUGAAGAAAACAAUUCCUCUUUGGAUACGUGUAUAGAAACACAUGGUUUAGCGUCUCCGGCUCGAUCCUGCUGUGUUUCCCCCGCUAGUUCUAACGGGGGUGUAUAUAGUCAAGAACUUCUUGAAACUUUUGGCCUAAAUCUACAUCGAAUAGAAAAGGAUGUACAAAGGUGUGAUCGCAACUAUUGGUACUUUAUGGAGAAAGAAAACUUAGAUAAACUAAGAAAUGUCAUGUGCACGUGGUUUUUGUUGGACUUCAAAAGAGAGCUGAUGUAUCCUGACGUAAAUGCAACAUGGGAGGUGAUCUGGGCAGCGCAACAAGUAGCCUCAACCCAUUUCGUUCUGUUUUUGGCUCUUGCUCUUCUGGAAACCUACAGAGAUAUUAUUUUAUCCAAUGGAAUGGAUUUUACCGAUAUUAUUAAGUUUUUUAAUGAAAUGGCUGAAAGGCACAAUGUACAAGCAGUAUUAAAACUAGCCAGAGAUUUAGUACUCCAGCUUCAAAUCCUCAUCGAAAACAAAUGA